AGAGAGGCAGUCGGGAGCGAUCCAGGGGAGACCCCGAUUUGGGUAUUGGAUAGACGCCAUUGUCGUUACCUUCGAAUACACAAACCAAACCAAACUCAUCAUCAUUCUCAUUCUCAUUCUCAUUCUCAUUCUCAAUCCAAACCCUUCUCUCUCUCUCGAAUUGGAAUUUUUGGAAAUGGCGACGAGCAGCAGAGAUGCACGACGACGGCGCAUCGCCGACAGAGGCUCGGACCGCUUGGCGCUCAUCACCGGUCGAAUCCAAACCCUUCCUUCUUCUUCUUCUUCAUCAACUUCCCCUGAAUCUCACCAUUCUCAUACAGCUUCUUGUCCUCCCUCGCUUUCUCACCAUCACGAUUCCCAUCUCUCUCAUCACCACCUCGGCUCUAGAGAGGUGUCUGUGCUUCAUUGGGUAAAGAGGUGAUGUGACCUAAAUAAGUGGUGAUGUGACCCAAAUAAGAUAAAAAGAUGUGCUAAAGUAGGGGAUGCCAAACAACUCCUAGCCUUAAAAUUCCAUACUGAGAAAGAAGCGAUUGGUUCGAAGUUUAGGAUUCAACGCUGAUCACUGCACAAAAUUGUUGCUUUAGACUCAACCAUUUCACCCCGACAAAAAAGCUUUUACUGUUGCAUUGCACCAAGCCAAUGUUUAGAGAAGCAUGACUAAGUGAGGUGAGGCAAGCACCUCAAGAUGCCUGAAGCAACUUCAGUGAGGAGAUGUCGAGAUGAAAUUGUGGAAGACGAUGAAGAUAAAUCCUCCAGUUCUUUGUUGCCACAGUAUGAGUCUGCCAACGAUGGUGGAAGUAGACGACAGCCGUUUUUGCGCAAGUGUGAGACAGGCACUGAAGCUUCAAGAGGUCCUUCUUGGGAAGUUGAUGCCAAGGUACAAGUGUAUCGGGUCUUGCCAACAGUUGAAGAUUCAUUGAUUCCCCCUUCUAACGCGGAGCAUAAACUUGAACCACUGGUUCACCAUCGUGGUAAAAUUUUCACCCCAAAACAAAUAAGUUCCGCCAUUGCAGCUUCAGAGAGUACUCGCAUCUAUUGUUCCCUAGCAGCGGCCAUCUUGGUGGUUCUGUCUUAUAUCGGGUUUCCCAUACUGGGAAGCCGCAUUAUCAAGAGCAUCAUGUUUUUCAAGCCACUUUAUCUGGUUUUACUCACCAAUAUAUCGAUUGUGCUUGCACGGCUUCUCUUAGGUAAACAAAGACCUUUUGAAAGGAUUGAACAAGAAGCAAAUAAUGUCCCUUCAAUAGGCGAUAGUUUUGGUUUCGCUGAACAACUAGGCAAGGCUUUGGAGUCGGGUUUGGUGUUGCAGAACGUAAUGGGUGCAGUGUUCAUGGAUUGUAGUAUCUAUGCAAUAGUUGUAAUAUGUGGUCUCUCCAUGGCACAGAAACUCGGUUGGUAAAAUAUUCAAGUCAUUUAAUAUUGUGUCAGUUAUAGCGUUGCAAGAUUCGACAGUCCAACACUGUUCUUGAAUGAUUCCUCUUUGGUUGCUGUAUUUGAUAAUUUAAGCAAUUUUUCAAUUUUGUUACACAUUUCAAUUGUUAUGUUGAAUUAAAGUCCGAAGGUACUCUCUCUCUAAAAUCAUGUUUGGCAUGU